CUGCUCCUGGUCAUCCCGGCCCCUGGCCCGGUCCCGUCCCUCCCUACCCCUCUCUCCCGCACGAUGGACCUCGUGUCCCCCCCGGCCAACGCCACCGGCUGCUUGGGGGCCCCCGUGCCUCCCUCGGGCUGCGCCCCGCCGGUGCCCGGCGCCUGGGCCAACCUGUCCCGGCCGGACGCCAACCUGUCCGACCCCUGCGGCUGUGCCAACCGCACCCAGGUGCUGCCCGCCGGCGGCAGCCCCUCCAUGGUCACCGCCAUCACCAUCAUGGCCCUCUACUCCGUCGUCUGCGUCGUGGGGCUCUUCGGAAACUUUCUGGUCAUGUAUGUCAUCGUCAGGUACACCAAAAUGAAGACUGCCACCAAUAUUUAUAUUUUUAACCUUGCCCUGGCAGAUGCCCUGGCAACAAGUACUCUGCCAUUCCAAAGUGUCAACUAUUUGAUGGGAACAUGGCCGUUUGGUACCAUCCUUUGUAAGAUCGCUAUCUCCAUCGACUAUUAUAACAUGUUCACGAGCAUCUUUACUCUUUGCACCAUGAGCAUAGAUCGCUACAUUGCUGUUUGUCAUCCUGUCAAGGCCCUUGAUUUCCGUACUCCCAGGAACGCCAAAAUUGUCAAUGUCUGCAACUGGAUCCUCUCUUCAACCAUUGGACUUCCCGUUAUGUUCAUGGGAACAACUAAAUACAGGAAUGGUUCCAUUGACUGCACGCUCACAUUUUCCCAUCCAUCUUGGUACUGGGAAAACCUGCUGAAAAUUUGUGUUUUCAUAUUUGCCUUCAUCAUGCCAGUCCUCAUCAUUACGGUGUGUUACGGCCUGAUGAUCUUACGCCUCAAGAGUGUCCGCAUGCUGUCCGGCUCCAAAGAGAAGGACAGAAACCUGAGAAGAAUCACCAGAAUGGUCCUUGUAGUGGUGGCCGUGUUCAUAGUUUGCUGGACUCCCAUUCACAUUUAUGUCAUCAUUAAAGCCUUGAUCAAUAUCCCCGAGACCACUUUCCAGACAGUUUCCUGGCACUUCUGCAUCGCUUUAGGGUACACGAAUAGCUGCCUUAAUCCAGUUCUUUACGCGUUUCUGGAUGAAAACUUCAAAAGAUGCUUCAGAGAGUUCUGCAUCCCCACUUCCUCAACCAUCGAGCAGCAAAACUCCACCCGAAUCCGCCAAAACACACGUGACCACGCCUCCACUGCCAACACUGUGGAUCGGACUAAUCAUCAGGAAAGCUGUUUGAAGCCACUUGAGGUUGAAGAAGAGGAUAUUGAAGACCAAAUUCAGGAAGGAAUGGAACUUAGUGAAGAACACAACCAUGAUGUCAAAUGAAAACAGUGGAUUUUGUAUCGUGUGUCAUAACUGUACAUGUUUAAGUGGCAUAAACUAUUUUCCUGUCAUUCAAUUACACACUUAACAAGAUUACAUCACUCUUCCUCUUCCUUAUCUACUGGUUACUUGGCUCUUUGCAUUAUCAUUAUGGUCAGCAACCUCACUGUAUGAUUGAAUUUUAGGUUUCCCAGGUACUAUUGGGAUUUUGAAUAGGGGAUGGGAGAGAAGUGAGGCUGGAAACUUGCCAUUUUUGUCCAUGAUAUUUAUAGCCACACUGAUGCAAAUUUUCUGUUAGUAGCAUAUGCUACUAAAAGUGAUUAAGCCAUCUCUUUGGUGCUUCAGAAAUGCUGCCAGCCAUUAGCUAAGUUUAUCCAAUGCAAUAUAUUUCCAUUUAAAUGGAGAUAUAUCAUCAACUGGCUGUUGAUAAUUCAAUUUUUAAAACCACCAUCAACAUUAAAUUACUAGGGUUGGAUUCAUCAGUGUCUGAAUUUGUUCAGUGCUCACUGUACAAGUGAGGCUUUUAAAAUACUCUUAUUCUCAAAUAGCACUUAAAAAGUUGAUGAGCAAGUGGGGAAAAAACCUCAUUUCAAGAAGAAUGAAACUUGAAUGGUGCUAGCUGAAAAAAAAAAUCUGUUUAUUUCCAGUGUUCAGGAUCUCACAGGUACCAUCAACAAGAAAUGAAAAAUAUAAUCACCAACUUGAGAGGUUGGAAGAAAAAAUACACUCAAAAUUAACAGAAAUUAGAUGGUCCUAGUUCGAAGACACCACAGAAAUGACCCUUUCUUCAGCCUCUUCACCUCUCUCUUUCCCUUUACAAGCAACACACUUUUCUUUUUAGCUUCUUCUGGGUCGUCCAUCUUCAGCUAGCAGGCAUGUUGUAAAAGAGUAAGAGAACACUGCUUGGCACAUAGUAAGCACUUAAUAAAUACCAUUAAAAAAAGAAAAUUCCCUCCUCUAUCUGCUGUUAGCCAAAUGCCCAGGUUUGGUACUGAAUCUUUGGAACUGAGCCCUCAAGCAGAUAAAUCCUGCACUUCCAAUAGGUUUAACUGAAAUUCCCAUCACUGUUCUAAUAUGAUGUUGGGGGGGUUUUUUGACCAAAAUAUGCUCCAGAGGCAGUUGCGUACUUGCACCCAAGGACAAAGUGGUUGAGUCUAUGUGAAUCAAAACAAGCUCAGUUAGAAAAACAUUUUAGAAUUCACAUUUCUUUCUGGACCUAAAGUUAGAUUAGUCCUUAAUGGGCAGCUAGUACUUUCUGCUGCAAAUUAACCCAGAAAAAGUAGGUUUAGAUUGUAUAAUAAUUGUGGUAUUUGUUAAGUGCUUGAGGGAGGGGGUGUCAAGCACCACGCUAAGUCCUGGGACAUAUACAAUAUAAUCAGAUCCCACAUAUAGCUCACAGAUUAAGUAGGGGGAG